UAUCACCACACGAACAGCGUCGGUAGACUUUGCCCGGCCUUGGUAGACACGAAUAGGAGCAAAGAGGUGCAGGGAGUUAGGCAGCCUUCGCCUUUCAUCACUAACCAGGAGGUCAAUUAGGAAUGAAUGAUUCCGAUCGAAAUGGAGUUUAUAUGAGCUCGGAAAAAUCGAAUUUCUGAGAAAUAUGUCGAGCGGUAGACACAGUCACGGCCACCGUGACAGUCACAGUCAAAACAGCAGAUCUGCCGUUUCCGCGCCACCGCUGUCAGCUCGAAGCCGUGCAAUGCAGUCCUUUGUGAGAGUUAAAUAUGGAGAUAACAAGGAAGCUCUCUUUAACCCAUGGUGCACGAUAAUUUGUCUUUUAGACUCUAUACGGAAGAUAUGCAAAUGUGAUAAAGAAAUUGUUAUUGACCUUGUGGACAUGCAGGGUCAUGUGACGAAUCUUGGUGCCAAACUGAGGGAGUACGCUUGUGAUUCCCUGCAAACGAGGGAAAUUUAUGUCUUAAUCAAAAUAGAAAAGCAAGCGGGCAAUUUACCGAACAAGUAUACGCCUCUACUACAAAAUUUGGAUAAAUCAAAUCCUGAGCUACAUUAUAAACUUUUGCAUAUGUCAAGACCUGCCAGCAAAUCCAAAGGGAAAUGGGGGAAUCUUGGUAAAAAGGGACUCAAACAAAUUGCCAGUAAAUCCUCUUCACACUCAGGAAGAGACAGCCCUAGAACUAAAACUGGGAAUGAUGAUGACAGAAAAACGAGAUCACUUUUAUCAAGGAUGGGAAUGCUGAAAGCAGGUGGUGAUUGACAAGUGAAAUUUCACACAGAACGAAAGAGAUUGGAAGCUUUUGGAUACUUAUCCCCAAAAACACUCAUAGAGAUAGAACGAGGGUGUUAAACGACAAGGGAUUCCUUUUCGAGACAAAUUGCAAAUCGCAAUAACAAGU